UCGCUUGUCGGAGGCCGGCUGACAGGCGACCGGGAACCUCCAAAGUUAUGGAACCGCGCUCGACCAGGAUAGGAGGCUGGCCAGCCAAUAAGGCUGCCAUCCCGCCGACUGCGGGGCUUUCCUUCGUAACUCUCCGGUGAUACUAGUUUGGAGGGCUUCCGGCCGGAGACCAUUAGAAAAGACGCCCGGAAGGCGGAAGUCUUAGGGCGGAAGUGGCCGAGAGAAAAGGAGCAUGGCGGCCGAGGCUUGGCUUUGGCGUUGGGGCUGGGGCUGGGGUCAGCGGUGCCCAGGGAGGCCUGGGCUUCCUGGCCCCGGCCCGGGCCCCACUACAUUUCUGCAUUUGCUUCUGUUGCUGGGGCCGGUGGCUGCGGAUAUAACCGACGGCAACAGUGAACACCUCAAGCGGGAGCACUCGCUCAUCAAGCCCUACCAAGGGGUCGGUUCCAGUUCCAUGCCGCUCUGGGACUUCCAAGGCAGCACGAUGCUUACGAGCCAGUACGUGCGUCUGACCCCUGACGAGCGCAGCAAAGAGGGCUCGAUCUGGAACCACCAGCCCUGCUUCCUUAAGGACUGGGAAAUGCAUGUCCACUUCAAAGUCCAUGGCACAGGGAAGAAGAAUCUCCAUGGAGAUGGCAUCGCCUUGUGGUACACCCGAGACAGGCUUGUACCAGGGCCUGUGUUUGGAAGCAAAGACAACUUCCAUGGUUUGGCCAUCUUCCUGGACACAUAUCCCAAUGAUGAAACCACUGAGCGUGUGUUCCCGUACAUCUCGGUGAUGGUGAACAAUGGCUCUCUGUCAUACGAUCAUAGCAAAGAUGGACGCUGGAGUGAGUUGUCAGGCUGCACAGCUGACUUCCGCAACCGGGACCAUGACACCUUCCUAGCUGUUCGCUAUUCCCGGGGCCGCCUCACGGUGAUGACCGACCUGGAGGACAAGAACGAGUGGAAGAACUGCAUCGAUAUCACUGGGGUUCGCCUGCCCACUGGCUACUACUUUGGGGCCUCUGCUGGCACCGGCGACCUGUCUGACAACCAUGACAUCAUCUCCAUCAAGCUGUUCCAGCUCACAGUGGAGCGGACGCCUGAGGAGGAGAGCAUCGACUGGACCAAGAUCGAGCCUGGCGUCAAUUUCCUCAAGUCCCCCAAAGACAAUGUGGAUGACCCCACUGGAAACUUCCGAAGUGGGCCCCUGACAGGAUGGAGGGUAUUCCUGCUGCUGCUGUGCGCGCUCCUAGGCAUCAUCGUCUGUGCUGUGGUGGGCGCCGUGGUGUUUCAGAAGCGCCAGGAGCGGAACAAGCGUUUCUACUGAGAGGCCGGUCUGGCUGGGAAGGGCCUGACCUUGGGCCAGGGCUCUUAUGUGAACUUUUUUCUACUGGGAUUGUAAAAACCAACGAACCUUAUUUCUUAACUGUUUCAAAGAAAUAAUUAAAGUAUUUUCAUACAUUUUGCUUCUUGCCCAGCUGAGACAGCGGGCAGGGCUGGGGUCAGGGUUUAGCAUCCCCACAGCCGGAGGUUCUUGGCCCAUCCCAAGGCUUGUUCUUGGAGCAAGGGAAUCUGUGUUUGGGGCCCAGGUGAGGCCCUGUGUAUGGGAUGGCUCUUAGGGUUCUAAGCAGUGCUUUUGUUCUGAGGCCUGUGGCAGCACACAGGGUUUGGGAUUCUGAGCCCCCACUGCCUCCCUGUAGCUUUUUACAAAGGCAGACCUCAGCUAAGGCUGGACGACCAUUCAGUAGGGCCAAGGUGUGACAAUUUACUAAAUAAAGUAGCCAGUCUCAGCCUCAUGCCUGUCCUAAGGGCUUUUUUUCAUAUCUGGUGAUUUCAAGUCCCUUCUCUCUGGUCUGCAGCAAUCCUAGAGAAGAGAGAUGGUGGCUGUCACAUUGCCAGUUGGGGAGUAUGACUCUCAGGUCCAGCAAGACUCACCAGUUCUGCCUAGUAUGCAGUGUUUUGGGAAUAGGGUACUGUAUGCAGGAUGUGACCUCAGGCCAGUGCACAAGCACUGGGGAUGGAGGGGGCAAUGCCAGAAAUCUUGAGGAGGCUGAGGUAAUCUGGAAGGAGCUGCUGAGCCAGGAAUGGAUGACAGCUGGACCAGCAGUGCUGUUCCCUGAGUGGAAGGCAAGCAUUCCCACAGCCAGCUUCUGGUCUUCGCCACCCAAGGCUCCCGCCAUGGAGAACUGUGUCCUCUCCGGCCCAGCUCUGGUCACUACACUGUCCCUCGCUGGGGACUUACCAAGUCUGUCUCCUUCCGCAUCCCCUUCCCACACAGUCAAGUAAUGCUUGUUCUAUUUCUCACAAGCAAAGGCGGCCAUCUCUGCACCGUGGCUUCCUCAGUUCACUUUGUUGCUGUAGGUAGUGGUGGAAGCCCAUGGAGUAAACAUGGCUCUUUUCAGUACCACCAUCUUCACUUUCUCUUAGCAGAGCUGCUCACUAAGCUAGCUGCUAGGAGCCAUGACGGCCAUGGUUAGGUGUCCAGAGGUAGUUCACAGCAGCUGCCAGCUUCCAGCUUCUUCCCAGGUUUAUGAGCCUGUCAUGGAGCCUCAGAGGAACCCCCAUCCUUCCUUUUGACACAUUGCUUUCCAAGCAUGCAUUGCUUGUUUACCAUGACACUCAGCAUGUAGGGCGUGUCCAGGUAGUUACAUAGUGCUGGCGUGACAGCCAGGCCUGGAACCUGGAGCAUCAGGUUUCUGGCGUCCGGAAGCACUACAGUCUUUGGAUUGGCCUUUAGUUCUUGGUUCUAACUUGGCACUUCCUGGUGUCCUGAGUUAUUUAGGCACCUUAUAAUCAAGAUGUACCUCUGUGUAUUAAAGCCACCUUGUCAGCAGCUGCUGUAGCAUUGGGAGGUAACUCAGUCAAUAAAACACUUGUGUGACAGUACUGGCGGCUGAUGGUCUCUGGGGCUCACUCAUCCAGUUGGGGACUUCCAUGCCAAAGGAGGCACAUGGCAUUCCCAAAGCUGUCCCCUGAUCGCCACACACAUGGCAUUAAAAAAAAAAGCCCGUUUUCUCCACAUUUGGCCUAGUAAGUCUUGUGGGGUAGGACCAGGCGAGGUCUGUAACAAACCUCAGUGCGGGCACUUAGGGAUCUUGUGGGCGUGUUCACCUUCCAGGUGCAUAUCCUCGAUGUACUGUGAAAAACAGUUUCUAAGUUCAUCCCCAGAGUUGUCUGUUUUCACACAGGAAUGAUUCCUCAAUGAGCUCUUAAAAAUGGAGCUCCUUCCUCAUCACUGAGACAUAUAAUUCGUGCAUACCCUUCCUCGUGUCUUCUCUGCAGGAUCGAGAAUGCAAACUAGCGGGCUCCCAUGGCCGCCUCUGUCUCCUCCCCACAAAGAUGAUGGUUGUUAAAGUGUUCUUUCAAUCGUGUAUUUUAAAACUUUGUUUUGUUUUAAAAGCCUUUCAAUAGUGUUUGGAUGUAUUCCUCAGCUCUCGAGCCCUGCUGUGCCCUGGUCAUGUAGCCCAAGACGCCUUCUGGGUGGGCAUGCUGGUGCCCGUGCUCUGGUUAUGUCACCCGGUACUGGAAGAUGGCCCCCGGCAGUGCUUGCACAUGGUGCCGCCUCAAAUGGUCUGCAUUGUGUUCACACAUCAUGAGAAGUUUGUAUCUGGUUCCAUUCUGAAGAGAAUUGUUCUCUCCUUCCCACCCCUCACCUCCGACCUCCUCCACACCGGGCCUCAGAGUUCAGCUUUGCUGUGUGCUUUUCUGCACCAGGCUGACGGUCUCUGAUGCUUUAUUUCCAACCCCUUUUACUGAUGUUGAGGCAUUCUUAUUUUCAGCCUUCUGGUUAUAGGCUUGCAGAGGUUCCUUCCCACACGCUUGGCUUCCUGAUUUGCUAAUGACGUCAUUUGAUGUGCUAUCUGCAUUUAAGUGGCACUUAUUAAUCUUUUCCAAAGAUGAUUUUCCUGAAGGUUUCUAACUUUGGCCUUUAAAAAUUUGCACUUUGUUGAGGUGGGUCUUGCACAGUGCUGAUGUCAUCGUCCCUGCUGUCUCCACCCAGUUGUGGUGGAGCCUUUCUGACUCACUCAUCCUCCAGCACCCACGGUUGGUCCCCAGACGCCUACUCCUGACCCGGUCCCUUUUUCUUCUCAUUGACUGGGAUGCUUCUCCUCCCUGUGGCUCAGGGGAGCUGGAAGGUGUCCGGUGUGGAAAGUCGGCUCCUCUUCCUGCCUGGAAUGUGGUAGGACCCUGGGGUGAAGAAGCACCUGGACUGGGGGCCGGAGAGAGCACAUACCUGUUAGAUAGGGGGCUCCAGGUCAGAACUGAAGCCCUGCCUCAAGCCUUAGAUUGUCAACUGCUGGGGUUUUAUUUUUGUGUGUAUGUGAAAGAAAUAAAUCCCUAUUUGUUCAAA